AUGGAUAUUGGAGUGUCUGAGGUGAUAAAGUCCAACGUCAACAACAAUAGUGUCGAGCAUAGCUCAGUGACACUUAGUGAAACGGUACGUACUCCUUUGAGUGAAACUCAUAGUAAUAUUGAGACACUGGUUGUCGGUAACGAAAUAGGCUCUUGUAUAGAGCAAGUUAAGGUCGUAGACCUUGUUAUUGAUGUCACAUAUGACGAUGGCUCACUGAACCUCGGUAAUGACAUCGGCUCACGUAUAGAGCAAGUUAAGUUCGAUGACUUUAUUAGUGAUAGUGGAUAUAAUAGCGAUCAACUGGAUGUCGGUAAUGACAUCAGCUUUCGUAUUGAGCAAGUUAAGGUCAAUAACUAUAUUAGUGAUAGUGGCUAUAAUAGCGAUCUACUGGAUGUUGGUAAUGACAUCAGCUCUCGUAUUGAGCAAGUUAAGGUCAAUGACGUGGUUAGUGAUGUCACCUGCGAUAGUGACUCAAUGUAUGUCUUUAAUGACAUCAUCACUCGUAUAAGGCAGUUUAAGGUCGAAGAAUUUAUCGACCUUGGGAAUGAUGAUAUCCCAAGUACUUCAAAAGGUACGGUCUCGUCAAUGAGACGGCAGCGUCCUCAGAUGGCGGUUGCGGGACGCAAGGCGUCUGUUUUAUCACGUAGUGAUGUCGUUGACUAG